AUGGCUUCACUGGUGACAAAUUCUGCAAUAAGGAAGAGUGACAGUGGGAGAGACCAAGUAUAUGUAGCUGCACUUCCUCUAAGAGCGUCCAAAGGACCACCCCAGCUUCUUAUGUCCGCUGCCUACUCCCUCAAUCUAUGGGAUUUCCAGCAUUUUAUGGUUCUAAUCAAACUCCACUCAGCACCACCACAUUCUCAGGUGCUGGUUUAUGAUUUUCAACCCAAAGAUCCGGAAAAUAUAUUUGUGGCUCUUGAAGUUUUAUCUGGUAGAUCAGUACCAGGAGUUAUUCUUACAAGGAAUUUAUCAAAACUACCAAGAAGCAAAUGCUGGUUUGUUGGUUCUUCCAAAGUCAAUGCUACAGAUAUGGCAUGUGAAUUCAACAAGAACUGGGAAACCCAUUUGAGGGUCGGCCAUCAUGAUUGUCGGGAUUACGCAAAUGGAUUGGUUGAGUACCUCACUGGAGAAGAUUAUGUUUUGGAGCGCUUGAAAAGAAGCAACACUAGUCAGGGGUAAUGCAUCAGUGAUAGUCAGUCAUUCGGCUUCCACAUUGAUACCAAACAAAUUUCUACCUUAUUUCUACAACCAUUAUAGGCCACUACAGUGAUCCAUAUAGUGUUAAAAAUCACAAAUUUAUUUUGGCAGCUUUUCACUAAACUUGAGUGGAAGAGCUGCACUUCAGUAAAUUUUAGUUACGUUGUCUGCUUUGACUGGGAAAUAAUCACCAUAUGGAGAAAUCCCUACAUGUGUGUGUGAGAGAGUGUGCGUACAUGUAUAUAUGUAUUAGAGAGGAUGAAAGAGAAGCAUAGAAAAACUUAAUUGGAUUAUAGAAUGUAUCUCCACCACCAAGGUAAUGGGCAGAGCUCUAAGUAUAUCAUUUUGGUUGUUGUGAGAACCUGAAUCCCCAACAAUCAAUCACUACAUAACAGGCUGAAGUUCAAAAAUGUGACCACCACUCUGAUCCUUAAGUUAAACAGGUCUAAAAUCUUCUACACUAGCUCUAGACAACACAGAAAAGUAGAACACAGAAGUAGUAGGAUCCACAUACAUCCCAAUCUCAUCACCAACCUUGAGCUUUCUCCUGACGACAAAAUGAGUCAACCAACCAAGCUUAAACCCAAAGACAUUCCCAGACUUGACCUUCCUAAAGGACAAUUCGUGCUGAGUCUUAGUGUCUAAGUCCAUCAUCUUGACCCUCACAUCCCCUCCUUCCUUGGCUUUAACAACUCUGUCAUUGCCAAUGUUACAAAGCACAUGCUCUGCUUCUGUUCUCGUGAACUUGAACAUUCGGUCCAGCGCCACAUCAUGCUCCCCUAGGACUUUCUUGAUCUUCCAUUGGUAUACAUCAUUUUGAGAUUGAAUUUCCGUCGUUUGUGCAUUGUUACUCUGCUCAUCACUGCCGUCUCUAGUCGCUUUUGUCCUUAAAGAAGCCAUCUUUUGAGGCUUAUGCUUGUUUGGAAUGUUGAACACUAGUUGUAUAACACGUGAACCGAGUAAUAUUUAUUGGAAUUUGGUUUGGUUAUGUAAGGUAAGAACAAGAGCGUUUUUGUGGUGAAGCAAUUCACUUUUAGGGUUUUAAUGGUUCCUUUGCCUCUGAUAAUUUUUUAAACCUGUUAUUAUUUUAUUUAAAAAAGGAAAAGAUAAGAGAUUGAUGAGCA